AUGAUGAAAUUAAGCGUCUGCUGGAAAAGUUCUAUCAAAGUUAACACAGUGGCUGUGCAAAUGUUGAAGUCAAAUCUUUUAGAGCUGUCCUUUAAUAUUAUUAUGAGAAUGGUGGUUGGGAAGCGAUAUUUUGGAGAAAAGGAGGACAGCAAGGAGGCAAAACAUUUCUGCGAACUUAUUGAUGAAGCGUUUUCACUUGGUGUCGUGACCAUAGAAUGGGAUUUGUGGGCUUUGCUCAACUACCAGGAGAAGCUGGAAAGGGCUAAAGGUGAGAUUGAUAGUCUUGUGGGCAAUGAUCAUCUAGUUGUGGAAUCAGAUUUGUCUAAACUUUAUUACUUACAAACAGUUAUUUCUGAGACUUUUAGAUUGUUCCUAGCAGCUCUAUUGGUCGUGCCACAUGAAGCAUCAGAUAACUGUAGAAUCACGCAUGAGACUAUGAGAAAUUCAACCUUGCUUUCUUUAGGCAAUUUAGAAACCUAA